GCCUCCCCCACUCAACACACUCUGGGCCAUCCGUCAUCUUCCCCUGAAAACGCUACCAGCCAAACUCUCCCUCUCUCUGCCUAUCCACAUCUCUCUCUCUCUCUCUCUGGAGCUCUGAUCCCCUGCGGAAAUGGCCACCGUCCUUGAAUCCAUCGUCAUUCCUCGCUCCUCCGCUCUGCCUUCACCUCCUCUCUCUCCGAUCGCCGCCUCCUCGGUUUCUUCCCUCACCGGCCGCCGUGGAUUGCCUCACUACUCCGGCCUCAAGGUCAGCUCCGCUCUUCAGACUACUCGCUCUGUCGGAUCUCUCAGCUACGGUCCCGCUUCCGGACUCGCUCCUCGUCGCCGGCGUGGUCUCGUUCUCUGCGAGGCUCAGGACACCGCCGUCGGAGUGCCUGCUGUUUCUGAUGCAACAUGGCAGUCACUUGUCCUUGAUGCUGAAUUACCUGUUUUGGUUGAAUUCUGGGCCCCAUGGUGUGGUCCAUGUCGUAUGAUCCACCCUAUAAUUGAUGAACUGGCAAAGCAAUAUGCUGGGAAGCUCAAGUGUUACAAAGUAAACACCGAUGAGAGUGCUUCAGUUGCAACCCGAUAUGGGAUCCGAAGCAUCCCCACUGUCAUCUUAUUCAAGGAUGGUGAGAAAAAAGAUGCAGUUAUUGGGGCUGUUCCCAAAUCCACAUUAACCACCAGCAUAGAAAAGUUCUUGUAGAAGUGGUAAGUAAUGAAUGUCUUUUCUGGAGCUAAGUUGUGUCUUGUAUCUGUUUCUUCUCCUUUUAGAUUCUGCGCCUUCUCUCAGAGUUUAGAUACUUGUCUCUCAAAAUAAACUGACCUCCUCUGCUGUAUAGUUAUUUGGAAGAAUCUGUAUCUAUUUUCCAUUUUCAGAGAAUGCUAGUAACAUUAUAUAUUUAUCCAUCUGAAUAUCCCUUUUAAAACUGCA